AAUCAUUACUUUUUUUACGACUCGCCAUCAUCUAUGCAGAAGAUCAACUUUACCGACGACCGUAUCAUUUGCGGUGCAGUCAAACAGUCAAAACUGCACUUAACAUUUGUCACUCUCUGUCUGCAGGUCGGGUCAGGUGCGUGAAUUAUAAUUUUGUGAUAGAGGUUAUCUUCCACGUGGAAAUAUCGUUAAUUGCAGCAAUUUUUAAACGAAUGUAUACUGCGAUUUUAAAUACAAAAUGUCUCACGAAAAACCUUGUCGUGCAUGCAUGGAUUUUAAAUCGUGGGCAAAGAGUCAAAAGGAGGCUUUCGAUUCCGAAAAGGAAACUGAGAAAAUAGAGAAGAAAAGUCCACCUGUAAAUAAAGUUAAACGUGAUGAUUGUCCAUUAGAUAAAGAUGAAUUAGGUUCAAGAACAUGGUCAUUUUUACAUACCAUGGCAGCAUAUUACCCUGAUAAUCCAACUGAUGAACAAAAAUUGGAUAUGUCAAAGUUCUUUCACACAUUUUCCAAGUUUUAUCCUUGUUAUGUAUGUGCAGAGGAUUUACAAGAGCAAUUAAAAAAAACUCCACCACAAACCAAUUCACAGUCACAAUUAAGUCAAUGGCUUUGUAUGAUACAUAACAAAGUAAAUAAAAAACUUGGAAAACCUGAAUUUGACUGUAAAUUAGUUGACCAAAGGUGGAGAGAUGGCUGGCUUGAUGGUUCAUGUGACUGAUGAUUAUUAGUUAUGAUUGUAAAUUUUGUAAUGAAACCUAUAUGUGAUGUAAAAAGCACCAUGUAAGUUUAUUGUAAAUACUUGUAGGAAUGCUAUAAUAGUUAAAAAUAUUAGUAUCACAUAUAAAUUAACCGUUUGAGUCCCAGGGGUCUUUGGAAAAACAAGGUCGAAAAAUCCCGAACAGCGCGAUAGCGCCUGUCUUAAUUGAUAUCGAAAAGAAACGAGCGGCGCAAUAGUGUUCGUCAUAUUUGUUAGUUUUAUGAAAUACAUCUUUAUUAUUAUAUAUGCGUACUAUUAAUUUAUAAAUAUAUCAAGUUUUUUUUCAAUAAACAUUAUUGAGAAGAUAAGAAUUAAAUACAAAAUACAGUCAGUCGUCCGUAGCGUUCAAAUGUACUGGGUCUUUUCGAGGCAAAAUCUAAACAGCGCGAUCGCGCUGCUUGGAACUCAAACGGUUAAUAUUUAUCUUUGUUAACUAAUUGUUAAAUAUAAUGUCCUUCCUUAAUUAUGGACAUUCAAAAAAAAAAAAAAAAAAAAUAGAAAUAGACUCGUCAUACAAUUACAGUUAUGCAGGUUGUCAGGUGUUUUGAAGCAUCCUU